UACAGGGGUGUAUACUCGCAAUUGAGUCAAAAUAGAAGAGCCCUUUACCCUAGAAAAUUCCAGUACCUCAUUUUGUCUCUCUUUCUCGCUGUUGUUCAAUGUUUCCCCAAAUUUUCUUCUCAUAAAACUUCAACAACUGGUCCUUUGAAUUACGUGUAAUUACAGGAUGGAUAGGGUUUGCAUCUAUAUUGCUUACAAUGGCAAAUGGACUACGGAUUACAAGUAUUUGGAUCAUGAAAUCAAACUAAUUCUUGUUAAUGACGGGAUAACGUUUGAAGGUCUUGUAGAGAAGAUUUUUCAGGUUUUAAAACUGAAAAUGGGUGAGACUAAAGCAAAUAUUUGGUUUGAUACGAAUCUAGGAACAAGCAAAGGCAUGCUAGUAACAAACGACGAGGAAGUUACUACUUGUAUGUACUUGCUGAAGAAUGAUCCAAAGUUCAAGACUUCCCGUUUCAUUGUUGAUAUUGAGGAAAGCAAUUCUUUGUCCGCAGUCAAUAUUGUACAACAAGAGGAAAUGCAGAUUGAAAGAGAUGAGGCAUCGAUACCGGUUGAGCCGAUAUCAGAGUUUGAACCUUUGGAAACAAAAUCAUCACAUGGUAUGAAACUAAGAAAACGGCCCCAAAACAGAAAAGUAUCAAAAAAAAGAAAAAGGUCGAGGAGUAAAAGAGAUGAUUUGUCGUCAAGUUUGGUUUUGAGAGAAGAUGCUUCAUUGGAUGAAAUAGUUGUGGGAUCUCUGUUUGCGAACAAAGAAUCUCUGAAGAAAUGUUUCACAAAUAGCGCAAUCAGAGACCACUUCAAAUUCAAGACCGUCAGAUCGACCAAAAAAAGAUAUUAUCUGAAGUGUUAUGAUGACAAAUGCCGUUGGUUUUUGCAUUCAUCACGGAUCCGUGAUUCUACAUUAUUCAAGGUUAGUAAGUAUGUAAAAAACCAUACUUGCUCUGCUGAUGUGUUACAACCUGACCAACAACGGCACGCAACAUCCAGGGUCAUAUCCGAAUAUAUCCGCGAGCUUCUACCUGACUAUGAAACAGAAAUGACACCAAAUUUUGUGAAGGAAGAAAUGAGAAAGAGAUAUGGAUUGAACAUUAGCUACCACAAAGCAUGGCGUUCAAUACAACUAGCUUUUGGUGUGAAAAAUGGAAGUCCAGAACAGAACAAUGAAUUGCUUCCGCUUGAAGAGAAUAACGAUCUGCUUAUGUCUGAAUCAGAACAGAACACUGAAAACAUUGAAUUAUUCCAAUAUGAACCAGAACAGAAAAGUGUAUUGCUUCGGCUUGAACAGAAUAACGAUUUGCUUAUGUCUGAACCAGAACAAAACAAUGAAUUGCUUCCAUGCGAGCCAGAACAAAAGAAAGAAUUGCUUCCGUCUGAACCAGAACAGAAGAAAGAAUUGCUUCCGUCUGAACCAAAACAGAACAAAGAAUUGCUUCCAUCUGAACCAGAACAGAAGAACCAAUUGCUUCCGUCUGAAUCAGAACAGAACAACGGAUGGCUUCCAUCUGAACCAGAACAGAGCAGCAAAUUGGUUCCAUCUGAACCUGAACAGAACAGUGAAAUGCGUCUAUCUGAAGAAACAAACGGAAGGGAUGAUUAGACCCAAAACUAAUAGGGUCUAACAAAAGUGUAGCACGCCAUGUAUUGUUGUCCAAACCUGGACAACUGAGAGCAGCUAUUGGUCUUCAUGUCAGCUUAAUCUGGUCACAAUAAUUUACCUCAUAGUUUAUUCUGGUAUUACCUACUCGAGAUUUAACUGUUGUACAAAGGGAAGUGUAGUGAGUACACUUUAUUUGGUUUAUUAUGUUUCUUUAUUUAUUAUAGUGUUUGACAGGAUAUGUUUCUGGCGCAUGUUCUAUUUUCCUGUGAACUGCACCUGAAUAUGCAAGGGAGUGGCAGAUAAUAGUCCAACUUUUGGACAUUAUUCAUUUGAGAUGUGAAACACUUCAUUGAACAUAUGUUGAAUUAUGAUGUGAAACACUUCAUUGAA